CUUAUUUGGUGCUUGAGAGGGUCACAUGACCACAAAAUGGUGGAACCUCUCGGCAGCAAGUGAGCUGAGCAUCCCUGACGCUGAGAGAAACAGUCACAGAUCUGGGAUCUAAAAGCCAGGGCAGAAGGAAAAGAACUGGUAAUCAGCUGUGUUCCUCUUCUGGCAAUGUUGGGAUGGAGCAGCCUCAUGAACACAAGAUGAGUUCUGAGGGGGCAGAGGGUCGACCAGCCCCGCCCACAUCCUUGCCACUGCAGGGCCAAGAGGGCGGGGUCUCUCAGAGGAAAAAGCUGUCAGCACCUCGAAUAAGCCUAUCAUUGGACCAAAGUGAGGAUGACCUGUUUGACACACCAGAUGACCUUGACAUCAAUGUGGAUGAGCUGGACACACCUGAUGAGGCAGAAUAUACUGACCAUGAAAUUGACUGGGAAGAGCCUAAAGCAGCUCAGAGAGAUUCUGUUAGAGAAACAGUUGAGCCCAUUCCCACAUACAGUGCUGAAGAGGAGCGUCAGGACUCCAAACUCUGGAGAACCGUCAUCAUUGGAGAACAAGAGCACCGCAUCAACAUGAAGAGCAUUGAACCUUACCAAAAAGUAAUCUCUCAUGGAGGCUAUUAUGGCAAUGGUACCAAUGCCAUCAUUGUAUUUGCUGCAUGUUUUCUUCCAGACAGUGACAGAGAGGAUUAUCAUGACAUUAUGGAAAAUCUCUUUCUAUAUGUUAUCAGCACACUUGAGCUCAUGGUAGCAGAGGACUAUAUGAUUGUCUACCUGAAUGGAGCUACUCCACACCGAAGAAUGCCAGGCCUCAAUUGGCUCAAGAGAUGCUACCAAAUGAUCGACAGGAGGCUCAGAAAGAACUUAAAAUCUUUCAUCAUUGUUCACCCGUCAUGGUUCAUAAGGACAAUUCUAGCCAUCACUAAACCGUUUAUCAGCUCAAAGUUCAGCAGUAAGAUAAAGUAUGUGCACAGCUUAGCAGAACUAGAGGAGCUCAUCCCGAUGGAGUACGUGCACAUACCAGAGUGCAUCAUCAGACUGGAUGACGAGUUACGGGAGGCAGCAGAGAACUCUAUAAUCAACAAUUUUCUCCAAGGGACUGAGGUUUCACCAAAUGAAUCUAUAGCUCAACACAAUGCAAGCAGUUCAUAAGGACUCAAGAACAUUGUCUGCACCUAUCUUUUGAGUAUUGUAAUUAAUGCGCAAUAAUCUAGUUAAGGAAAAAGGUAUUUUUGUGUUUUAGUGCUAAGCUAAAUGCAACACAGUAUGUUCUUUAAAACGUCAGACAAAAAAACCUUUCUCACAUCUGAAUAAGCACCACAGAACACAGUACCACAGUACGGUAGCUUAAACCAAUGCUUGAAACAUUGUCUUCUAUCGUCUUGCACAAGGUUAUCUUGUUACUUGAAUUGUGCAUGAGAGCCAUCUUAGCAAUAAUAUCUCAUUGUAAUUUCCCCCUUAGGCUUAUAAUUUCACAGCCAGAUAUUUUUAUAAUGGAGCAUGUAUAAAGUCGACAGUGUUUCGACAUAUGAGUUCUGUCUGCUGGGCUCCACCUCACAUGGGCUGCUAUGUAUUAAUGUAAAUGCAUGCAUGGUGAUUGUACACAUAAAGACGAUGCUUGAUAACCUGUUAGCUCAGUACAUUCUCAUGCUAAAUUGUAUUUUGAUGAAAUAAGAUCAGACAUACAUGAUGUAUAAGUUAAUCGAUAUAAUCACAAACAAAAUAGGUCAGGUUUAAAAUUAAACAAGGCCUUACAUAACUUUAUACAGUCAAUUUAAAUGUAUCAGGAAGAAAAUCUUACUUAAAGGUAAAGUUUGUAAUUUUAUACCAACACAGUUUUACCUGCAGAGACACCACAAGUCAAUCUUAGGAUGACUUCAUUAAAUUUUGUAAGAUUAACAGGCUCCCUUGAGUAGCAAGCAUCACUAUUAAUAUUUAUUCUGAGUUUUUUAAAACUCAACUGUACGUAUUAACUAACUUAUGUGCAUAACUCAUCCUGCCAAUCUCUUAAAUGACACAACAAAUCAGAUAGGGUCGUCAUUCUUUGUUGUAUGUGGGCCGAGAAAAAACUGCUAACAAAACUGUUUUGUGGGUAAGGCUAUUUACUUUUUUGUCCUGUCUUAAAAACAGUAGCAAAAAUCUCAAAGAUAUUUUCAGAGGGACCUGAGACAUAUUUAGGAAACACUUGCCCUUUGACUAAAGAAUUGCAUAGCAACACCCAGCAAACAAUUGUGCGUUUAAAAGACAUUUAAUAGCCAUCCAAACAGUGCUGGGGCUUCAUUUAUAAAGCGUGCGUAACAUACACUGUAAAAAAUUUCUGUAGAAAUAACAGUAUUACUGGGUAUUACUGGCAAAUAGCUGCCAGUAACUUACUGUAGAUUUUACAUUUAUGGUUUUUACUUGCAACAGUUUUUAAAAGUUAAAUGAACAUGAAACAUUUUUAGUCUUUAUCUUCUACAGUAAGUUACUGGUAACCAGCUGCAUAAUUACAGCAAAUUUUUUACAGUGUAGAUAUGUGUAAAGGCUCAAUGUGUUACGACGGAGUCUCUAAAUGACCAUAACUUGCUCAAUUUUCUACUAAACGUUUUGAUUUCUUACAAACGUUAUUGACGUGGCUAUAAUUCUAGAUGCUUUAACAUGUUUCCUGAAUUUUUUUGUAUAAGAAUGCAUUGUCAUAGGCACAUCUUUGACGUUUAUAACAAACCAAACUGUUUGAAAAUCGGUAAUAAUUUAAGCAAGUUAUGGUCAUUUAAAAAUACCUGCACCAUUAAACCCUGUGGUAAGAUGGCCGCCAAAUGCGGACGUUCCACUCAAUUGGCCAGCAGCGCGGGCAAGACAUCUAGCCUUUAUACAUAUCUAUGAUCCGUACGUACAGAUUUGAUCGUAAAGUGUGCGCACUUUACUGUCUUUGACAUGGAAAAGUGCUUAGCGCCACAUCAGGGUCUGGGCAGACGUACGCACUUUUGGUUGUCCGAUUGCUGCAGGUUUUGGGCAAUAUAAGCCAUUCUUGCUGCUCGAAAUUGAAACAUUGACAAGCGCUCUUUUAUAUAUCUAUGACAUUAAUUAGGCAUCGUUUAAAGGCGGAGGUCUGAAACUGCUCAGCUGCGCACAAGUUCAAGAUCAUUUGCGAUUUAUAAAUUUCACAUCUGAAAGAAAGGGGUAAGCGCAUUUUCUGUGCGUAAGUCCGGUUUAUGAAUCACACGUACGCAUUUUUUUUACAUUUUCGUAAGAUCAAAUGUAGGAUGGUUUCUACGCAGCAUUUUAUAAAUGAGGCCCCAGACAUCUAGUCUAAAACAAGGCAAAAUUUGGGCUGUCAGUGAAACUUUAUAAAAAUAAAUAAAUUAAAUAAAAUAAACAAAUAAAAACCAAACUCCUUGUAAUCAUUGUUUACUGAGGUUACAUGAUGGAAUAUCAUACGUUUAUUUUGGCUAGAAGUGGGUUACUUGAAGCCAGACUAUAUCAAAACUAUAGUUAAGCUAGAUGGUGAUAUGACAGCUAGUGCUUGCUGGGCACCGUCGCAAAAAGCCACUCUAUUGUGAGUGUUUUGUACAGACAAACAACACUCAUGCUUUCUUCCGGUUACUUUUGCUAUUCCAUGUAGUGCCGCUAGUGAAAUUAUAUACUUUACCUUUAAGAAUCAAAAGCCAUAGUGAUCCAUUAGUUUCUUUAGUGCCCUAUAUGCACUACAAAUCUAUUCUAGAUCUUUCAAAACUUUGAUGUCUAAAUACGUGUAUGUCAUGUAUAAAAAAGUUGACACAAUCAAAUGGUCUGUAAAAUCCUGUGAGCAUGCAUAGGUUUUUAAGGUUCUUUGUGACUGCUCUAUCCUUUUCCAAACAACUGUUGUGUCAAUGUGUACUGUGUGUGUGAAGGUAUGUAUGUGUAAUGGUGUGUAUGUGAAUGUAGGUUGUAUGUGUGUUAUUUGCUGUUAGAUUUCUCAACCAAACAGUUUGAGUUUAUUAAGGGAUUUAAAUAGAUUGCUGUACAAUAUUCACCUUAAGUGUCCAAGUGUGAAAAUAAUGUAUAUUGAGAGACAUUUUGUGGGUGAUUGUAUUACUGCAUGUGUCCAUGGUUGUCAAUAUUUGAUCCUUCUGUACUGAAAUUCUAUCAAAGAAUAUGAAUAGAUAAAAACUUUAAUCCAGAGGCCUUCUGUAGCAGAGCAUAUAUGAGAUGUGUUGUAUCAGGAUGCAGAGUAAAUUGAUAAAUAAAAUUUAAUCUAAACAGCUA